AAUUAUCCUCAAUCUGUCAGAACUAAUGUGGCCAGCCCCGAACUCCUUACAGGCAUGGUUCAUGUUUCUCUCUCCAGCCAUCCCAAAGCCUCUUGACCAAGGCUUCCGGGUAGCCGUCAUAGCUUCGCUCAUCAGCGGUGUGAUCAUUUUGAGCAUGUCUAUCUCCUUCGCUGCAUGCUGCCUGCGUGACCGGCUGCUGAGAAACCGUGCACGGCUGGAGCGCAGGGAGGAGCAACAGCUCAGCAGGACGGGCUGGGGGGGAAGGCAAGCCGAUACCCCAAACAAGGAAAUGGAGAAGCAACAAGGAGCUUUGGGGAAACUGAAGCACCACUGCAGGCUUGAUUACCGCAUCUCCACCCUCCGUAGUUCUGUGUACCCUGGGGCGCUGGCAGGGUGCAGUAACCAGGGGUUCCAAAGGAGUCUGGAGAAUUCACACCAGCCAACCAUGCCAAAUUUGUGCUCUGAAAUCCAUGUCUUCCCAAAAGUGGUUCUGCGACCAGGUAUAACAUCAUCUGCCUCUUCCAUGUACAUUCAUUUGCCCCAGAAGCCAAGCGAUAUCUCCCUGGCUAUCACGCCUUGUCGUGCCAGCUCCCCCAGAGACAUACCCACAGCCUACUAUAGACGAUACGAAGACCAUAAGCCAGUAUUGAUAGAGACCAGCUUGCAGUUUUAAGCCAUUACCCAAUUCCUUGGAAGUUUGCCGAGCUCAGCCAGGAAAGUCAUACGAGCGAAUCCCUAGGACUGGAUUUUCAAGUGGUCUAUUGCAAGCAGGAGGAAAAGGCUGACAUUUCCUGUUGAAAGGAUAUUGAAACCCACUCCUGAUUUCUUCUGCACCCAGGCUCUUUACAUGCUUGUUUAAAUGCAGGCUCGUGUGUGAUACAUGGACCUUGAUUGUUUUCGUGAGGAAGUGUGCAAGGGGAAGUCUCAGCAGCUCCAGAUUACAAGACAGCCUGAGCACAUGUAGGCAUUUCAUUUCACACCAUUCUGACCAGCUACUCUGUGGGUAAGUUUAAGUCUAAGAGAAGUUAAGAUGCCCAUCUGUAACAGUACACUGGGCUACGAGCCACCUUGUAACCUCUCUGCCUCCACCCCUGCCAUCCUCAGCAAGGAGACUUGCUUGUACUCAAUUGAGUGUCAGUUCCUGUGACACCACAAGCCUGUUAGCUACCCACAUUCUCUUCUGUGCGAUGGCAGCCCUUGCUGUGCCUUGCAGGGUCACAAUAAACAUACCCCAGGCAGUUGAGCCCCCUGACACAUUAACUCUGUAGCUGAACACUCACAAAUAUCAGCACUGCUGUCCUCAAGGAAACAGGGCACAUCCCAGCUUGUAUAAUUCAACUCAAAAGGAUCAGGUCCUUGGAUAAUACUACAGCACUGAGAUGUGUUUAUUGUGAAAAACAAUUGUAUUAACAGGGUUCUGGCUUCAAGAGAAUAAUGAGGAUAAUGAGAAUAAAAGGGUUACACAGAAAAACAAACAAUUUCUAGUGGCUAAUCCUAACAGGCUUGCCUCUGACUAAAGUUUCUCACUGCAAAUGUCCUUGGCAGAAUUUCAGCCAAGCUUGGUUUAGAUCCAUUUUCAUUAAAUUAAUUGCACUGCCUGAUUACUUCCUAGGUGCAGGAUAGAAGGGUGUCCUCAUUUUGCCAAAGUUCACAGUCUGUUCUCAGAGACAGUAACCUCCUGCCCAUCAUUUAUUUUCCUGAAGACUGCUUCUUCCCCAUGGACUGCACAUACCUGUACCAGGGCUUUUGUUAUGCUGCUUCACAAAGCCAAUCAAGAAAUAGUUCUGGAAGAAAAUGUGUGUCAACUCACUUGAUACAGACUUUAGGACCAUAUUUUCAGCGUACAUCUAUAACUCCUUCCUAGUAUCUGUAGAUACAUUUCAUUAUAUUCAUGACCAUUGGUAUCCUGCUGUCAUGACAUUCUCUGGUGAAACAGAAUGCACAUAUUGGGACCAGGAUAUUCUUGCAACCCCCUGGCCAGUUGGCACUGAGGGAUUGCUGGGUUGCAUCAACAAUUGCCAACAAAAAGUGUCUAGAGAGGAAUACUUUUGGAGCUGGGAGAAGUAACUAGAAACACCCAAAUACUAGUUUAGGCAUGUAGUUUGUGACUAAAGGAAACUAAAAGGGGUUUUCAUUUUAAUAUUUUUCUUUAUAUCUUAUCACUUCUGCACAGAGAAUCUCAAGGGCAAACGUCAUAUAGCAACAAAUGCAAAAGGAAAAAUGGGUUGUGUCCUGUUUGGUUUUUCAUGAAGGGAUCGUAAAAGAUUAAUUCAUUCCCCCAAUAUUUUUCUUUGUAGACUAGAAAAAUCCCACCACAUCUAGUCCACCAGACACAAUGAGGACAAGCAACAUUAACAUUUUGAUUAAAGAAACCUUUGUUAGUCAUUGAAGUUACCCCAAUGUUGUAAACAGGCCAGCUAAAGAUCCCUUCCUCUCUCACUAGCUCAGAUUUUCUGAUGGUAGAGUCAUAAUCUCAUUUCUUCAAUUAAAGUGAGAGCUAACAAUAUAUUUCUUUGGGCAUGUAAGAGCUUCUCCAGUAAAGCCAAACAGACUAGAUCUGUUGUAGCUACUAUUUCUCAGUUUAAAAUAUGCAGAGGUAAAAAGAAAAGCAAGCUGAGGAAUGCCCACCUUCCAAGUCCCCCUCACACUGAAAAAGGAGCAGAAAAAGGGCUGAAACUCAAUUUUAAAAAUAAUCCUUUGCAGGUCCCCAUUUUGUUAAAAAAGUUUAGACACUAAUGAGAUUGUGUCCACAGCUGUGCUGUAGGAGAAAUUAUAAGUCAUCCUUCUGAAAGCAUUACUGUUUGCUGGGGAAACGACUAGACAAGCUGAACCGGCUACAUGCUGCUCUCAACACAGAACUCACUUCACCCCUCAGCCCCUGAGAAACAAUCACUGGAACUGCUUGUAUCCUCAGUAGCAUUGGCCAUUCACUACACAAGAAUCCCACUCAGAGGCAUUCUGCUGACGAGUAGCAUGCCUGAAGUGUGUGAAACUGCUCCAUUCUUGGCAAGAAGACGGCAGAAUUUUAUACUCUCAGUUGCCAGUAUUUAAAUGAUUCCUGGAAGGUGUAAAUCUAGUGAGAGCCAAAGGCAUUUUGAGCCAAAGGCAUGAAGGAUGUUGGUACAUGGUGCCUAGAUCCCACAGAGAUGAGGUUAAGUAAAAGCAUAAUUGAAACAGAUUUGAUGGGAAUCAACUGGUUCUGCUGUGAAAACUACACUAUUAAAUUCCUCUGUUACUUAGGUGGAAAUUUAAGCCAGACAAAAAAUACAAAAGGAGGGAGGAACUCAGCCAUAAAAAGAUAACAUUUUGUGUGUAGGUCCUUUUGGAGGUCAAAGCUAAAAAUUGCAACAUUUCCCCACCAGUUCUAAUGAGAAUACCUUCCACCCCCCAUACACAAUUGGGUUUUUCAAGUCAAGAGAGUAUUUAGGCUGUGCUUUGAACUGGAGACACUGCUAGCCUGGAAGAGCUGGUCAGAUCCUAAGUGAAGUUCAAGAUCAAGGUUUGGUUUUACUUAAAAUUGAGACAAGUAGAAAAAAAUCACAAACGAGUGUGUGUGGGGUAGGAGGGGGGAGAAGAAGAGAUGUCAGUUCAGAAGCUUCCAAACAAACACUGGCAUUUCCCAAACAAAAUGUUGACAUUCUGAAAUGAAUAUAUGCAUUUUAAGCAUAUUUUCUUUUCAAGCUACCUUUUCAAAACAAAAUUUUAUUUUCUUGAUUAGAAAAUAGAAGAAUUUCAUUGGAAUUGAGAUUUUUCCCUUCGGGAGUCUGAUUUUGGUGAAGCCACAUUGACAAAAAAAGACUUGUCCAGAUUUUUUUGACCAACUCUAGUUCUAAGAGCAGUGUAACUCAGUGAAGGGGAGCAAGUCUAAACUUCCAUGAGUCCUAGCAUAUGGACCACAAAACCUGUAGAGAAGAAAAACACCUGCUUCAAGUAAAAGGAGACAAGUAUAAGAUUGUUUUGCCACUUGGGGGUUAUUUGCUUUAAAAAGAGGAAUGGAGGAUGACAUAUUGGAAUGCAGGAAUUGCAGAUUAAUCCUUAAGCUAUAAAAUAAGCUGCACUUCAGCCAGCAAACCCUCCACCGCCAUCUACGCAUGAAGUGGAGUUAAAAACUGAUUUGGUUUAAGUUGUAUAAUUUACAAUUUUCCACCUGCCUGUGAUUUCUUCCAGCAAUGUUUUGGGCCUAGUUUAUACCGCCUUGCAAAUGACAGCCCAGUGUGAGACAACAUCAUUUACAUAAUGGAGACUUCAAAACAAUGACAUUUCUAACUGCUGUGAAAUUUCGAUGCGCUCACCUUCAGUAAUUUUUUUUUGUUCUUUGGCAAAUGCUUUAUGAAGAGGAGUCACUCAGCACCCUGGAGAGAGACAUUUCCCUAACAAUGAUUUAAGAGGAUACAAUUUUUAAAAAUGCAUCACAAUUGAAAAAUAGCUAAAGAACUGUGGCAAUUUCAUCUUCUCUGUACCUUUAGCUUGCUCUAAGGCAAUGUCUACACUGCAGGCUUCUUGCACAAAAACUUCCGGAGUG